GGCAGCUUCUACCCUCUCCUCAUCUUCCUUCUUCUCUUUCAUACUAGCUGGACUAGUCGUUUUUCAUUCUACACCACAGUCUUUAUCACAUCACCUUGAAGGUAUUCUACACACAAUUAUCAUCAUGUCUCUCCGAUCAAUCAUCUUGGCGACUGCCGCCCUUUGCGCAUACACAAAUGCUCACAUCACCAUGGAGUCGCCUGUACCUUUCAGUGCGGACAAAAUCACCAGCGAUCCUAUCAGCGCCGAGAACUUCCCCUGCAAGUCCAAGCUCGGUUUCACGGUCACCAAGAUGAACGCCAUGGCCGUUGGCGAGCAGCAGACCAUCUCUUUCAAGGGCACAGCGGUACACGGCGGUGGCUCCUGCCAACUUUCCGUUACUACCGAUACUGAGCCAACAGAGAACUCCAAGUUCAAGGUCAUCAAAUCCAUCGAGGGUGGCUGCCCUGGUGUUGAUGGCACAACCAACUCAUACCAAUUCGAAAUUCCCGACAGCGUUCCCAAUGGCAAGGCCACCUUCGCAUGGACUUGGUUCUCCAAGAUGUCUGGUGCUCCUGAGCUGUACAUGAACUGUGCUCCAAUUGAGGUCACUGGCGGUGCUAGCGACACUACCGCAUUCGAUGCUCUUCCCGAUAUGUUCAAGGCCAACAUUGGUGAGGGUUGCACGAGCCCCCAGAACUUCGCUACUGAGUUCCCCGACGCCGGUUCUAAUGUCCAAAUGGGCGGUACAAAUGACCUGAAGACUCCUACAGGCAGCUGCGGCGCCUCUGGUACACCUGCUAACCCCUCGGCCCCUGCUGGCUCUGGUGCUCCCGCUUCCUCUGCCGCUUCUGCUGCUCCUUCAUCUGCCGGCAACGAUGGCCAGUACACUCCUCCUGCUGGCGCCGCUCCCACCUCUGCCGCUGUUGUUCCCACUUCUGCCGCCGCCGCACCAACUUCAGCCGCUGUUGCGCCCACCUCAGCUGCCGCUGCUCCCACCUCAGCUGCUGGCAGUGCCCCUGGCUACUCCGCCGCACCCCCGGCCGCUACACCCUCAGCUGCUCCUUCAGGCACCGCCGGCGGCAUCUUCGCCCCCGGCGCCUCCAGCGCGCCCGUCGCCGCGUCAACCCAGACCACGCUCGUCACCGUGACCGGCACCCCGUCGACCCCCUCCAAGACCCCCGUCGCCAGCGCCCCCAGCGCCUCCAAGCCUGCUGCCAGCGCCCCCUCGGCCACCAAGCCCGUCGCCAGCGCCCCCGCUGCCGGCACCGGCACAGCCCCUGCGCCCACCACCGCGCCCUCGGCCGGCGGCAGCGGUACCUGCACCACCGACGGCGCCGUCGUGUGCAACGGCCCCAGCCAAUUCGGUCUCUGCAACGGCGGCAAGGUCGUGUGGCAGGCGGUCGCCGCAGGCACGACCUGCACCAACGGCACGAUCGCGAAGCGCGGCUACAACGGGCGCAUUGUGCGCCGCAACCGCAGCUUCAUCGGCCACGUGCACAAGCACUAAGCACCUUUUUGUGCUCGGUCACUCGGAGACGGACAACGCAGAAGACAGCGCAGAAGACAGCGCACCAAACACGGCGUUUUAUGAUAAUGACACACAUGUGGAUGUGGAUGGAAACUUUUUCUCGUCACUCGCUUUUACUUUUUUCACAGGGGAUGACAGGGUCUGCGACCUGGAUUGUUGAUGUUGAGUAGAUAGAUUGCUCGCUGAGAGAACGGGUAUUGCAUUUGCAGGUGUUGGUCAGGGAGGGAAGGGGAUGGGGAUAGGACCCAGGGGCUGGGUUAUGUUGAUAUGAACACGAGUCUAUACGAUAUACAUACGCAUACU